AUGACAAAAUGUUUGACUAUUGUUCGGCCAAGGGCCCAGCCUCGACUCAAAUACGAGAAGCGUGCACAAGCCGGACUGAUACGCAAUGCAAAGAGGGCGCCCUGUGCACGGAACAACACGAAAUUCUCAAUGAGCGACAAUGACCAAGAAAAGAAAAACAGAAUGACGAGCUGUUCGGAUGACGGGUGCGUGAUUCGGUGCGAGGCCGGCUGCUCAAAUGGUCAACAACCGUGUGCCAGAUCCCUACGGACAUCGUGCGACCCAGCAUUGCCAUCUUAUGAUGUUUUUUUGGGCGGCAGUUGCGGGAACACGGUUUGGCGACGUCAAUUGGUGAUCCCUUUUCUGAAAAAGCGCGCAAUCAGCUACUACGACCCGCAACGAACUUUCUGGAGUGAAAACAUGAUUUACGAAGAAAGCAUCGCGAAAGAGAAUUCCUCGCUCUUCUUGUUCGUGCUCGAUCCGGCCACCGUAAACGCCACCUCGUUUCUCGAGAUCGCCUAUUUUGCCGCUAGGAAAGCCCCGAAAUUGGUUGUCGUUUUUCUGGGAAAGAACGAGUGGAAGGGCAAAGCACAUCCCGAAGAUUUACCCGAUCGAGUGAAAACUUGUCAACUACUAGAUCGAAUUCUUUUAGCUCAUGAAGUCCCCCUGCUGCACAGCAUUGAGGAAGCCCUCGGCUACAUCGAAGAUGAGGUGAUCGGAAGUAAGGCGUGGCGCGAGGCGAUGGCCACCCCACAACAACGAUUACCGUAUUUGGGGCUGAAGACGAAGAAAGCUUAUCGAGCGGUUGGAGACUCGGCUAAGACGGCGUGGGGUCGUUUGCGGAGUGCCGCGUCGAGGCUGGCGUUGACGGGAGUGGCCGACACGAUGGCCUUCUUCGGGACGCACCUCGUGCUGCCCAGUCUGCCCCUCGGCAUCAUUCUGCUCAUGAUUUUCCUCGUGAACGUCGUCUUCUUCUCGCUGCACACCGUUUGGAUGAAAGCGAGAGCGAAGCGACCAAGAGGAAUCGUCGAUAUGACGCGAACGCCGAUGCCAAGAGGACCGUCCAUCCCAAUCCCCCGACUCAACACCAUUGCCACCCCGUUGAUCCCGAAACAGCCGAAUAAAGAAGCUGUUCGACAGUCGAAGAAAUGGGUGGAGUCGCUGGGGUUCGAGCUGGGCGCCGUGCCGCAAGGAAUGGAGACCGCGUGGAGGAAAGUGCCUUCAAUCGAGCCACUGACAUCCAGCAUCGACGCUGAAAUGCCGAAGAUGAAGAAAUCCCCUUCGGAGGCGUCGAAUCAUGUCUUUCUCGGGUGCUCGAGUCUCGACGAGUUGGACUGGGUCAACAAAGAGGCGGCGCCUUUUCUACAGAGACACGAAGUCGCGUACUCUACCGUACUCGCUUGUGACUCGGUUCCACCGGAAAGCCGAAUGAUUUUGCUGAAAAAGGGAUCGCGAGCCUUCCGCCAAGUUCUCUAUCACAUCCCAUCGACGAAAACGUUUCUCUCGGGAAUGGUCGAGAUUGCCUAUUUGUUGGGUCAUUCCGAUUGGCAAGUCACAUUAUGCGUGUCAAAAGAAGCUGAACUCCUCGAAGCGCAAAACGAUCGAGAAGACGAGGUUGAACGAGCCGCCAGACGAAGAAGAAAUGACUGCUACGCGAUCGCCUUCUGCUACUUGAAGGAUAUGGCGAAGCGGCAUCAGUGUCGGGUCUUCUCCGACAUCGACGAGUCCCUUCACCAUUGUGUGAAAUUAUCACAAACCGGUGGCUGC